AUGGUGUUUAUGAAAUUUACGCACGGAACGAUUGGAGGAGGUCUUGGAACUUUCGGUGGUUAUGGAAGUUUUGGUCAAUAUGGUUAUGGAAUUAAACCCACUUUUGCUUCAUACGGAGGAUUUAAACCGUAUUUUGGAGGAUUUGGAGGAGGAUUCAAACCUUUCGGUGGAUUCGGAAGCGGGUUUGGUGGAUUUGGAGGCUUUAAACCAUUUUACGGUGGAUUCGGAGGAGGUUUUGGAGGAUUUAAACCUUUUCUCGGAGGCUAUGGAGGUGGAUUCGGUUUCAAACCGUCUAAAAAUAAUAACGUAAUUAAGCUCGCUCUCCUUGCUCUCUGCGCCGCUUUAGCCCUGGCUUAUGCCGGUGGUUACUAUGGUGGCUAUCCCUAUGGUGGAUAUGGUCACGGAUAUGGUUACAGACCGUACUAUGGAGGAUACUACGGGGGUUACGGCCACAGGCCCUAUUAUGGAGGUUACGGCCACGGAUACGGAGGAUACGGCCACGGAUACGGAGGAUACGGACCACACUAUGGUGGAUAUUACGGAGGAUACAAACCACACUAUGGUGGAUAUUACGGAGGAUACAGACCCUUGUAUGGAGGUUAUGCAUACAAACCAUACCACGGUUAA